AUGAACAGAUCGAACGAGGCGGGUGUGGUGGCGGGUGGUAGGCUCGGUCCACACGGGUCCGGUGCAGGACGCGGGAGGAGCCUCGGUGGCACGCCCAGCCCAAGGCAGCGACAGGUGGGCAUGCUGGCAUGGCUAGCUGGCCAUGGUGUUGCUUUCGGAGGGGAGGGAGGAGGGGAGGGAGGACGGCUGCGGCUGAGGAGGGGCAACCGCACGACGGCAUGGCGCUAUGGGGCCGAGGUUUGGAUUUGGAUCGGGGGUAGGGAUGGAAGUGGACAGAAGGAAGGAUUUGCAGUUCCCCCAAAAAAUUUCAUUUCGAAACCUAAUGGGUGGCUCGUUUAUUGCGAGAAGAUUGGAUCCAAGGGGAAGGAGGUUCAGAGCAAGAACCCGAGGCGGGAGGAGCUGCUGGCAUCGUCGGAUGUGGACAUGGGUGAGCCAGAGGCUGCCGAGAGCGGCGUCAUGAUUGUUGAUGGCAACAAUGGCAGCUCCAAAGAGAGCCCCUUGCCGCCCAUGGAUUCCAAGAACUCCAAGGGCUGUGUGGCCAAGAAGCGGAGAUCGGUGAGCGCCGACUUUGGGAAGGAGCUGGACUUGGACCUUGUCAAUGGGGAGGAGAGUGGGGCACAGCAGGAGGAGAGGAAGCUCUCUAGGCAGGACCGGGUUGAGCUUUGCCGGUCAUUCCAGCACGCAGUCAGCUCCCAUGAUUGGGAAACUGCAGAGGGGCUGGUAGGAAUGGCCGAUGCACAAGGGCUCAACGAUGUGCUCUGUGUGGCGGUGGAUGCGAUUUGGUUCUUGAGUGACAAGGACGAGCUCCUUGCUAUUGUGGGGUUGAUCAGGAGGAUUGUGUCUGAGGGUGCAAAUGAUUUUACCCGUGCUGCGCUCCGGACAUCAUUCCUCGCAUCGUGUGUAUCGGCAUGUAGGGGACGGUCGACUAGCCUUGCUGAUGCAGUGAGCUUCAUGGGUCAGAAAUUGCAUGAACGACUUCAAGAAUCCCAAGGUGAUGAGGUAUUGAAAGCAGAAGCAAGUGCAAAGGUGCACAGGUUUACAGAAUGGGCUCUAAAGUGUAUCAGGCUGCAUUCGCGUGUUCGAGAGAAUAGGGGCAAAGGAAACCACGACACUGUCAUCGAGGUUCAGCUUCAGUUGUCUGCUUUCAAGACAUUUCUUGAUCUUGCUGAUAAUGAGCUUACUGGGAAGGAUUUUACGGAGGCUUUUGAUGCUGCAUGCUUCCCUCUUACACUCUUUUCAACCACCUUCGACCAAGGAUGGGCAUCAGGAAUAUCAGCAGCUGCAGUACAAGGGCUUUUAGAGUUGUUGGUAGAGGGUGGUGCAGACAAUGUAAACCAAUGCUUUCUUGAAGCUGCACGGUAUGGCAGCACUGAGCUUGUGCGGAUCUUACUUCAGAUUGCUCAAAGAAACAGCCUGGACAUUGAUGUGGAUCUAGCCCUUGGCUUUGCCGCUCACUAUGGGAAGAUCGAAACCAUGGGGUGCUUGGUUGAAGAAGGUAAUGCUGUUGGCUUUCUUGGCCCUUUGAUGCGUGCUGCUGAACGUGGAUGCCUCCAAGUUGUGGAAUGGUUUGUCAACCAUGGGUGUCGAGAAAUGGAGCUUUGUCUAGCCCUUACUGCUGCCACCUCUAGUAGCCAGAUUGCAGUUGCUGCUUAUCUUCUUCCUCUUGUCCCGCAACAUGUUCUUGCCCCCCUCAGCAUUGAGAUUAUCAAGGCUGCUGGUGAGAGGAGUACAGGUUCCCUGCAUGGUGUCGAUUUUCUUCUCCGCUCGGACUUCCUCAAUGACCCAGCUGCCACAUAUGCCGUGGCAGACAGUAUUGCAAGAUGUACCGAUGAAGCUGUGGAUGCAAAGCUUAGGUCUUUCAUGAAUGAGCACUGGAGCGAGGCAGCCUUUUCUGCGGGAUUCGAAUCUGCACAACAGCACUUUGUUAAUUUCAUGAGGGUACUGGAAAGGGGUGAAUCACCAAUCCGCCUAGGGGACCUCCCUCUUGAGCUGGUAAUUGCCAUGGCCUACCUGCCACUCUAUAAGGAAUGCAUGAAUUCCAGUGGGCGACUUUUGCCUCAAAGGCUUAGAGGUCAGCUUGUGGAGGCUGCAAGCAGGCUCGAGGACCGGCAAGUGGAAAGGGAUAGCCAAAGCAGAGAACUCUUGGCCAUCUUGGAGCACCACAUCCCACGAUUCAUGACCCAAACUUGA